AUGACGGAAUUAUCUAGAUUACAAGGCACACAUAAACUGCAAAUGCUCGCGAAUGACGGCAUCGCUGACACCGUCGUGUCGACGUAUCGUAAAGAACCACGAAAAGCGUUCACGUAA